AUGUUGGCAGUCGCAUCACUCAAGCGUUCAUUAGAAUUCGAUCCAGUUGAACAAGGUGUUAAACGAAAGCGAGCUGAAAUGAAAUUAUCACCACCAUCAUCACCAUCGUCAUCUUCAUCAACCACAACAACAUUUCCGAUGAAUACUAACCCAUUAUCUCCAUCAAAGCAGCAACAACAACAACAACAACAAUCUAUAUUUACCUCAUCACCCAAUAAAAAUCAAUCUUUAGUAUUUAAAAAGCCUUGUUCGCUUACAGCUUUAACAUCAUCAUCAUCGACCACUGAUGAUAUUCCAAUGUUUACGUAUACACAAACUGCUCAAAUGUGUGCACGCCUUUUACGUGAACAAGAUCGAUCUAUUCGCGAACAGUAUGAACAACUUCUAUCAACUAAACUUACAGAACAAUAUGAUACAUUUGUAAGAUACACUCACGAUAGUGUUCAUAAAGAUCAAUCUAAACGGCAACAACAUCGACUUUUUCAUUUCGGUCAACAACAAGAAAAAAAUAACACACCAACCGUUGCCUUUUCAUAUGUUUCAUGA